GAAGAGAACAAAGGAACCCUUAGUCGUGUUCAUGUCUUGUUAACAGAUGUUGUAAUGUUUUGUGUGUCAGUGAAUGCGAUUGGUGGAUUCAGAUUCAACUCUCGCGUUCGUAUUCGCAUUCCCAAAUCCUCUCUGUCAGCGAUGGCCACUAACUCAGUCCGAGUUGCUGCGGCUCAGAUGACAUCCAUCAGUGACCUCGAUGCUAAUUUCGCCACUUGCUCUCGUCUUGUUAAAGAAGCAGCAUCAGCUGGAGCCAAAUUGCUUUGCUUUCCUGAAGCUUUCUCUUAUGUGGGUACCAAGGAUGGAGACAGUGUUAGUGUUGCACAACCCUUGGAUGGACCAAUUAUGAACCAAUAUUGCUCUUUGGCCAGAGAGUUCAGCAUUUGGUUGUCACUUGGAGGCUUCCAAGAAAAAGGAUCUGAUCCUGAACACUUGCGGAAUACUCAUGUUGUAGUAGAUAACACUGGCAAAAUUAGAAGCUCAUAUAGAAAGAUACACCUGUUUGAUGUAGAUGUUCCUGGUGGAAGGGUAUAUAAAGAAAGUAGUUUUACAGAAUCAGGCAAGGAUAUUGUUGCAAUAGACAGUCCUAUCGGACGUUUGGGACUGAGUGUUUGCUAUGAUUUGAGAUUUCCAGAAAUGUAUCAGUCAUUACGUUUCCAACAUGGAGCACAGGUACUGUUAGUGCCUGCAGCAUUCACUACAGUAACUGGUGAAGCACACUGGGAGAUUCUUCUUCGUGCUCGUGCAAUUGAGAAUCAAUGCUAUGUCAUUGCUGCUGCACAAGCUGGCAAACAUAACAAUAAAAGAGAAAGCUAUGGGGAUACAUUAAUUAUAGAUCCGUGGGGAACAAUUGUUGGUCGAUUACCAGAUCGUUUGUCUACAGGCAUUGCAGUAGCUGAUAUUGAUUUAUCAUUGGUUGAUUCAGUUAGAGAGAAGAUGCCAAUUGCCAAGCAAAGAAAGCCAAUUGACUUCUGGAAAGCAGCGUCUCUAUAGUUCUGAUUUGGACCAAUCAAGCAAAGGUAGUUUAUCUAAAUAUGGAAUUUCUAUGUAC